UGUAGUCCAAGCAAGUGUAAAAGACGAUAUUUUAUUUUGAAAGUUACAUUAGGAAGUUGUGGUUUUCCACUUCCGACUUCAACAGCUACACGUUAUAGCUUAGUCUGUACAACGAAAGCUUAAUAUAGGUGACACAAGGUUCUAAAUGGGUAAAAAGGAGAAAGGAGAUCGAGACAAGAAGUCCAAAAAGCGGUUCUACGAGGAGGAGGAAGAUGAAGAAGAGGUGGUGGGUGGCAAGCCGCAGGAGGCCAUACCUGCUGCGGCGGGGAAACAGGUGGAUGAAUCAAGUACCAAGCUUGAUGAUUAUGGAGCCAAAGAUUAUCGUGUUCAGAUGCUUCUAAAGAAUGAUCAUUCCUCACGCCCCAUUUGGGUGGCACCUGAUGGGCACAUCUUUCUAGAAGCUUUUUCACCCGUGUAUAGGUAUGCCCAGGAUUUCUUGGUGGCCAUUGCUGAGCCGGUGUGCAGGCCCAACCACGUCCAUGAGUACAAGUUAACAGCAUAUUCCCUUUAUGCGGCAGUCAGUGUUGGGCUGCAGACUUCUGACAUAGUGGAGUAUCUGCAGAAACUCAGCAAGACUUCUGUGCCUGACGGAAUUGUUCAAUUCAUUAAGCUCUGCACUGUGAGCUAUGGCAAAGUCAAGCUGGUGCUCAAGCAUAAUAGGUAUUUUGUUGAGAGCACUUUUCCUGAUGUGAUUCAGCACCUCCUUCAGGACAAUGUGAUCCGACAAUGUCGCCUCCGUGCUGCAGAUGGCACAGAUGGCGAGCUUAUAACUGAGGUCAUCCACAGCAAGUCAGCGAUCUCCAGGUCUGUUGAUGAAAAAGCAGGUGCCUCCACCUCACAGCAGCUCACUAGUGGACAAACCUCAGACCAGCAGGUCCCUGAGGACAUCUUCAGCUAUUAUGAGCAGAUGGAUAAGGAAGAGGAGGAGGAGGAGGAGACUCAGGCAGUGUCCUUUGAGAUUCAACAGGAAAUGAUUGAGGAACUGCAGAAGCGCUGCAUUCAACUUGAGUACCCACUCCUUGCAGAGUAUGACUUUCGAAAUGAUACAGUCAACCCAGAUAUCAAUAUAGAUCUGAAGCCGACUGCUGUAUUACGACCGUACCAGGAGAAAAGUCUACGUAAGAUGUUUGGGAAUGGACGUGCUCGCUCUGGAGUCAUUGUACUCCCUUGCGGAGCGGGCAAGUCUCUAGUGGGUGUGACAGCAGCAUGUACAGUGCGCAAACGUUGCCUGGUGUUGGGUAACUCCUCUGUAUCCGUGGAGCAAUGGAAGGCCCAGUUCAAAAUGUGGUCCACUAUCGAUGACUCUCAAAUCUGCCGCUUCACCUCAGAUGCCAAAGACAAACCAAUUGGCUGCUCGGUAGCCAUCAGCACUUACUCUAUGCUGGGCCACACCACCAAGCGCUCCUGGGAAGCAGAGAGGGUUAUGGAGUGGAUGAAAUGCCAAGAGUGGGGUCUUAUUAUCCUAGAUGAGGUGCACACUAUUCCUGCAAAAAUGUUUCGACGUGUACUGACAAUCGUGCAAGCACACUGCAAACUGGGCCUCACCGCAACUCUCGUAAGGGAGGAUGACAAGAUUGUGGACCUUAACUUUCUCAUUGGACCAAAGCUAUAUGAAGCCAACUGGAUGGAGCUGCAGAACAAUGGCUACAUUGCCAAAGUUCAGUGUGCAGAGGUGUGGUGCCCGAUGUCCCCUGAGUUUUACAGAGAGUAUGUGGCCAUCAAGACCAAGAAGCGCAUCUUACUUUAUACCAUGAAUCCCAAUAAGUUCAGAGCCUGCCAGUUUCUCAUUCGCUUCCACGAAAGGCGCAAUGACAAGAUCAUCGUUUUUGCUGAUAAUGUCUUUGCAUUGAAAGAAUAUGCCAUUCGCCUCAACAAACCUUACAUCUAUGGCCCAACCUCCCAAGGGGAACGUAUGCAAAUCCUACAGAACUUCAAACACAACCCCAAGAUCAACACCAUUUUCAUCUCCAAGGUUGGAGACACCUCAUUUGACUUGCCAGAAGCCAAUGUUCUGAUCCAAAUCUCCUCUCACGGUGGAUCACGAAGGCAGGAAGCCCAGAGGCUUGGUAGAGUCUUAAGAGCCAAGAAAGGAAUGGUAGCAGAAGAAUACAACGCAUAUUUCUACUCGCUGGUGUCUCAGGACACCCAGGAGAUGGCUUACUCCACCAAGAGACAGAGGUUUCUAGUGGACCAGGGCUACAGCUUUAAGGUGAUCACACAGUUGGCGGGAAUGGAGGAAGAAGACUUGAUGUUCUCCACCAGAGAGGAACAACAACAGCUCCUUCAGAAGGUCCUAGCUGCAUCUGAUUUGGAUGCUGAAGAGGAAAUGGUGGUAGGAGAGGUGGGCACUCGGCCACAGUUCUCAAGGCGAACAGGGACCAUGAGCUCCAUGUCUGGUGCAGAUGAUACAGUCUACAUGGAAUAUCAAAGCCGAAGCACUAAAAACUCUGUAGCAAACAAAAACGUCCAUCCACUUUUCAAACGCUUCCGAAAGUAAAUGCGCUGGUUCAAAUCAAAACUUGACUAAUCAGAUGGCUCAGCAGGCCAGUGAAGAUGUGAAUAACAUCCGACAUCACUGAAUGCUUCCCAUUGAUGGGGUGAUUUCACAACGACCAACGAGACAACCAUUUGCAGCUGAAAAGAAGUGUCGGGCAGUAUGUAAAUUUCAUCAUUGAGAACUGUACAUUUCCUUGACUGGUAGUUUAUUUAAUGGUACAUAUUUGGUACAUAUACGGUAAAUACCCACCUUGAUACCUACAGUAUGUUUCAGUGCUGCGAAAUACGUGGCAUUUGUUAAAAUUUAAUUUACGCAGAGCUCCAGAGCAGUCAGUUCAUUCAUUUGUGAAUGAGUGGACAAACCAGGCUUGUGUUUAAAAGGCACGACUUUAACCCAAUUGUUGGGGGGGGGAUUAUUCAACCAAAUAAAUUGAUUUUGGUUUUUAACAGUUUGCAAUGCUGUUGAUGAUCAACGAUGGCCUUCCAUAUAUUAAAUCGUGUUAAACUCAACUGUCAAGAAACAAACACAAAUCUAAAAAAAAAAUGAAAUCCUAUAUUUUCUAUUUUCAAAAUGUUAUUUAUUUGGGUGAUUAAAGGCAAGCUUUAUUUACACUUUGCAUAGGGACAAGAGUGGGAGAGGGUUUGUGGAUGUUCU